AUGGCUGAGAACGUGCAUAUUGACCUAUCAGGGGAGAUAAAUGCUACAACAGAAAAAAAAGGUUUACAAAAGUAUGUCAAUGAAAUGGAAUUAUUGCUGCAGCAUGUUCGAAGUGGUGCUGGUCCUGCACUGGUGAUGGGAGUACUAUCAUCACGUAGGCCAUGGACACAAUUUGUUGCAACUGAAAAUUUUAAGGCACCUGCUUCUAUACCAAGAUUGUCAAGAAGAUUUUAUCGAAAUGUAGAAUAUUUUCAAGCAAACUACUUAAUUGUGUUUUUGGGAUUAUUUGCUUAUUGUUUAAUAACUUCACCAUUGCUUUUAAUUGCGAUGGUUGCAAGCUUUUUUGGAUACAAGAAGUUGACAUCUGGACCUAAUACUUGGAAGAUUGGGAGCUGGGAAUUGACCAAAACUCAACAGUAUGCGGUGGGUGCUGCGGGCUCGAUGGCGUUAUGUUGGCUAGCCGGAGCUGGGGCUGUCUUGUUUUGGGUUCUAGGUGCAACGGUGACCGUGGUCGCUCUACACGCUAGUUUCUUCGAUGCUGAAGCUCUACCGCCCUCCGAAGAUCCCGAACAAUUUCCAAUGGUGGAACAAGUG